AUGGAUUUUGAGUAUUUUGAAAAGCAAGACGAUGAUGAUGAUGAUAUGAAUGUGUAAUUCGAUGAAGAAGAUAUCAAAUACAACAUAGAGGAUUCAAAGAAACCAAUCGAGAAAGAAUUGGAUGAUUCUGAAAUUUCAUAAAUAGAAAUGAAAAUCAAUAAGAUGAAAGAAGAGGAAUAACUAAGAUAGAAAUUGAACAAAGCAAAAGUGUGGAAUCGACAUUUCGGAAACUACACUCCUUUUAUUUUUAUUAAUGAUGAGCCAACCUUUGCUAUUAGUCCAUAAUGGAUAAUCAAUCUACUAGUGAUAAUUGCACUGUUUGUCAUUACGUAUUUCCAGUUUACAAAAAGAAAACAAAAAACCAUUUAAUUUUGCAUUACAAUCAUAAUCAAUGUCUUAGAACUUUUAGGGUAUGUGAUUGCAGCUCUUAUCAAUCCUGGAAUCAACACAGCCCUUCAAGAGACUCUCAAUAAACAUAAUACUUGUUAGAUUUGUGAAAUAGUUCAUUAUCGAAAAGACACUUAUCAUUGCGAGACUUGUAAUGUAUGCGUAAGAGAGUUCCAUCAUCAUAGCAACUUUUUAGGAAGAUGUAUUGGGCAAGGCAAUUUAUUCUAUUACUACCUCAGUAUUCUAUUCUUGCCUUUGUUUCUAAUCAAUCUAAUAGUAUUAUAUGUGUUUUGA